AUGACGGAUUCGCCCGACAACGGCACCGGCACUGGCGCCGGCCAGAAGCGCCCCAGGAGCCCCAAUACUGACCAAGACGACACCGCGCCUUCCCGAGAGACCGUCCCGGACAACUCAAGCGUCCCCAAGCCAAAGCGAUUGGCAUGCAUGAUAUGCCGGAAGCGCAAGCUGAAGUGUGAUGGUGUUCGUCCCAGUUGCAGCACUUGUUCUCGCCUGGGACACGCCUGCGCCUACGAUGAGCAGAGGAGAAAGAGCGGUCCCAAGCGCGGCUAUGUCAAGGCCCUCGAGGAGCGACUGAAGCAAGUCGAGACACUGCUCAAGACCCAAGAGCCGCCUACCAAUGUGCCAAAGACCCUCAACGUUCCCAUGCCCGCGCCGCCUCAGACGACGUCGCCCGCUAACCUCAACAUUCCGAAUGCGACCAUGGGCUUGGCGGGUGAUCGCGAUAUGGAUCGAUGGAACUUCAAUGGAGAGUCGCCGCAGACAGGCGCCAUCGAGGAUUUCAACUUUAAUGCCAGCAUGAACAUGGGCGGCAUGAACAAUGUCGGCGGCACCUUUACCUGGGAGAUGAUCGGUCUGGGCCUCGAGGAGCCUCUGCCGCCCCAGGAGACGAUUGACGAGCUUCACCAGAUCUACUUUGAAAAGGUUCACCCGUCCAUCCCCAUGAUCCACAAGUACCGAUACCUCGCCGCCAUGAACCUCGCGCCGAACCAGCGCCCACCCGUUUGUCUGCGGUAUGCCAUGUGGACCCUGGCAUGCACCAUCACAGACAAGUAUGCAGAUCUGAAAGAUCUGUUUUACCGGAGAGCACGCAAGUAUGUCGAGGCGGAUUACGUCAAGGGCUACGGAGAACACAUGAUCUCGAUCGCUCAUUGCCAGACGCAUAUUCUGCUGUCGUCGUAUGAGAUGAAGAUGAUGUACUUCCCCCGAGCCUGGGUGAAUACGGGCUCUGCUAUUCGUCUCGCUCAGAUGACUGGUCUUCAUAGACUAGAUGGCACUGGCCUCGACGUCAAGCAAUGUCUUGCGCCCCCGAAAGAUUGGACUGAGAGAGAAGAGCGUCGUCGAACAUUUUGGAUGGCAUUUUGCCAAGAUCGAUAUGCCAGUAUCGGCACCGGCUGGCCAAUGACAAUCGACGAGCGCGACAUCAUGACCAACCUUCCCUCGUCAGAAGAAGCUUUCAACAUGAGCAGGCCUGAGCAGACACAGUCGUUGAGCGAAUGCACCAGUCCGAUGGGAGCGGGUAAACUGUCCCCUUAUGGAGGCAUCGUUCUCAUGGCCUGCUUGUUCGGACGAAACUUGGUACAUCUGCAUCGUCCUGAUGUUGACGAUCUCGACCACGACCUCAACGGCCCAUUCUGGAAGCGUCAUCGCCAGAUGGACAAUAUCCUUCUCAACACAUCCCUCUGUCUACCCCCUCAACUCAAACUCCCCUCAGGCUUGUCGAACCCCAAUAUUGUCUUUACAAACAUGAGCAUCCACACUUCGACCAUCUGCCUGCACCAAGCCGCCAUCUUCAAGGCGGAAAAGAACAAGCUUCCAGCGUCGGUUAGCGCAGAGAGCAAGGUUCGAUGUAUUACAGCGGCAAACGAAAUUGCCAGUAUCAUGCGAAUGAUUUCUCACAUGGACCUCUCAACAGUGAACCCCUUUAUCUCCUUCUGCCUCUACGUGUCGGCACGAGUGUUUGUGCAGUACCUUAAGAGCCGACCCGACGAUAGCCAAACAGCCGACUCGCUCCGAUUCCUGCUUUCAGCCAUGAAUGCACUGAAACGACGGAACCCCCUGACGGAAUCCUUCCUCGUCCAGCUCGACGUCGAUCUAGAGGCCCUUGCUUUGAGGAUCCCCAAGCUCAAGACUGCGUUCCCACGCAACAGCGAUAGCAUGGCCGGCGACGAUGGAAAUCCAGCAGGAGCCCCCGACAUUGUGGAACCCAACAUUGGUGGAGAUGGACAGAACAUGGGGACAGCUGGCGAUGGGAGCUUCAGUGGCCAGACAUGGAUUUCACCUGAUCAGCAGUUACCCAUUCUCACGCCAAGCUCCGGAGCAACCUAUGACAAGAACGGGACUGGAAGCGGUCCAAUGUCAGGGUUUGGGGAUCUUGGAGGAGACGGCCAGGACGCAUCAGGAUCACCAGAUGGAGUACAACCGAAUCGACCGACACCAAACUCGAGCACAGGAUCUGACCAACGAGGCCACUUGGCUCCCGGACAGCUGAACGGAUCGAACCCCAACUCUUUCAACACGAGCCCAAUAUCACCGAACCAGACAAUGAUGAACACUGGCGUGCUUGACGGAAACACACAAGGAUUCUUUGCAGACCCAUCUGGCUUUACGAUACCGGCUGGUCUAGAUCAGAACGGAGCGUUUACGAUGCCAGACGGAUGGGAUAUUCAAGGACAAACCGGAGUACCGCAAGUGGGCGAGGGCGUUUUAAGGGCUUUGAUGAACAUGGGACCAAUGGAUGCCAUGGAUUUGGGAUCAUGGGAAACAAGAAACAACUGA